GUCGUUUAAAAAUGGCCGCGACUCCACACCUACUUCACGAAGACAAAACCGAACAUACCCGAAGACAUUCUGUUUGACUUGGGUACCACCAUCACGAUGGGUGUUUUCACUUUGUACAUCUUGUGAAAUAAUUGCGAAAAAACGCCUCGAAAACAAUGCCUUGAACCUGUAUAAAAUAGUUCUAAUGGUGCUUGUGAUUUUCCCGUGAAAUUUACUUCCAAUCGGAUUGUAUUCCGUUACCAAUUUUUAGAGUGCAUGUGUCGUUUUUGACGGAAACAGUGUGUUGAUUUCUGAAGGUACAAUGGCGAUUUCUUGCCUUCAACUAAUUCCUGAAAAUUCAUCAUCAUAAUACAUUUUUGUUUUAACGAUUUAAACAUAAUGUGUGUAUUUAAAUUGAAAUUUUUAUCAAAUUACAACUAUUCCUCUUUAUAGAGGUUAAACGUGGUGCUAAUUACGAUUUAAAAAGAACCAACAAUCAGGAAGUUAUUGUUAGAAAAUUGUCUCCGGUACUUUGUGUAUGUAAGUUCCUCUCUGCAUUCUAGACAUUAAGUCUAAUUUAUUAAUCAAGUUUUCAUAAAUGUUGUUGUAAACUGUUAGAAGAAAUUUUAUAUGAAUAGAGUGCAGUUUUUUUCUAUAUUUCUUUAGGAAAAAAAAAGUUUUGUCUAUAAUCAUUCAAGGAUAUUUAAUCUGCAGUCUGCUGCUUUCGCCAAUUCGAAAGCGGAUUUUGAAUGUAGAAUGAUCACGCACGCGUAUGUUCGAUGACGUGAGAAUUCGAUCGUUUGAAGAGAGAAGAGAUUGUCGACGGUCAGUGCUCUCGAAAUUAACAAAUACAAAAUAAAUUUAAUUUUCAAGACUGAUUAAUUUUCUAUCAAACCAAGUGUAUAUUCAAGAUAUUCAAGAAAAUUAAGAGAGAAAAAGAAACAAGAGCUCUAUCUAUGACAACAAGAGAUAUAAAUUUUUUUAAUUUACAAAAAAGAGACAUGCGAAUUUCAAAGUUCGCUUAAAGAUAUAUAUCUAUAUAUAUAUAAUUGAAUUUAUUUGAAACCAGAAGAGGUCGUUGCAAAAAUUGACAAUUGACAAGGAAAUAAAAUAAAGGGGAAAAAUGGGAAAUUGCUUUAGUAAUCAGACAGAUGCGGAAAAGGAGAAGCCUGAUAGGAUAGGAAAUCCUAGUAUAGAAUUGGCUGUGGCUUCUCAGGCGAGCCCUGGGGGUGGUGUUCCUACACCUCCACCGGAUCCAAUUAGGCCAAUGCCACAAAUACCACACACAGAUGUUCCAACGGCCAAGAUUUUUGUUGCUCUUUACGAUUAUGAUGCACGCACCGAUGAAGAUCUCAGUUUUCGUAAAGGUGAACACUUGGAGAUUUUAAAUGAUACACAGGGAGAUUGGUGGCUUGCCAGGAGCAAGAGAACACGACAAGAGGGCUAUAUUCCCAGUAAUUAUGUCGCCAAGCUCAAAUCCAUCGAAGCCGAGCCAUGGUACUUCAGGAAAAUUAAGAGAAUCGAAGCUGAGAAGAAACUCCUUUUGCCAGAAAAUGCUCACGGAGCUUUUCUAAUUCGAGAUUCCGAAAGUCGACACAAUGACUAUUCACUUUCAGUGCGAGACGGAGAUACGGUGAAACAUUAUCGUAUAAGGCAACUGGACGAGGGUGGUUUCUUUAUUGCAAGGCGAACAACAUUCAGGAAUCUUCAGGAUCUUGUCGAACAUUACAGUAAAGACGCCGAUGGACUUUGUGUUAAUUUAUGCAAACCAUGUGUACAGGUUGAGAAACCCGUAACCGAGGGACUUAGUCAUCGAACUAGGGAUCAAUGGGAAAUCGAUAAGACAACAUUGAAAUUUGUUCGCAAAUUGGGUCAAGGUCAAUUUGGAGAAGUUUGGGAGGGUCUGUGGAAUAAUACAACUUCAGUGGCAAUAAAAACACUAAAACCAGGAACAAUGGAUCCAAAAGAUUUCUUGGCCGAGGCGCAAAUAAUGAAGAAACUCAGGCACGACAAACUCAUUCAACUUUAUGCCGUUUGUACGAUGGAAGAGCCAAUUUACAUAAUCACGGAACUUAUGAGAAAUGGAAGUCUCCUCGAAUAUUUGCAAGGAAAAGGAAGAGGUUUAAAUCUCCAACAGUUGAUUGAUAUGUCGGCUCAAAUCGCAGCUGGUAUGGCGUAUUUGGAGUCACAGAAUUAUAUUCAUCGAGAUCUGGCCGCUCGUAAUGUUCUCGUGGCCGAUGGAAAUGUCGUUAAAAUAGCAGAUUUCGGUCUCGCCAGGUUGAUAAAGGAGGACGAGUACGAGGCGAGAAUAGGAGCCAGAUUCCCGAUCAAGUGGACUGCACCGGAGGCUGCGAACUACAGCAAAUUCAGUAUUAAAUCCGAUGUAUGGUCCUUUGGAAUUCUUCUCACAGAGCUGGUCACUUACGGAAGAAUUCCUUAUCCUGGAAUGACAAACGCUGAAGUAUUGCAUCAAGUUGAACACGGCUACAGAAUGCCGUGCCCACCAAAUUGUCCCGCGGCAUUGUAUGAUAUUAUGUUGGAAUGUUGGAACAAGGAUGCAAUGAAGAGGCCAACAUUUGAGACACUCCAGUGGAAAUUGGAGGAUUUUUUCACCAUGGAGGGCUCCGAAUAUAAAGAAGCAUCGGCUUACUGAGUAAUGUUGCCUGGUGAAAUAACAAUGUUCACACGUUUACCUGUUUACAAUUCGUACAGACGGUCUACGAAAAUGAGUUGGGAUACGAGAAAAUCUUUUGCACGUCAAUACACGGCAAGAGAUUAUCAGGUCUAUAGAAAUUAAUCGAUAAAAAAAGAAGAAAACUCCGACAAUUUUUUUAUUAAAUAACAAGAAGUUUGUGAUAUCCAAAAAGUACUGUUUUCAGUUUGUAAAGAAGAUUAUCCUGAAAGAGGGAGAGAGAGAGUGAGAAAGAUGUAGACAACAGUACUUGUUUAUUUUUUUAUCGUCGUAACAUGUUUUUUUUCGUUUUUUCACAAUUAUGGCUGCCAUACAUAAGAUUCUAGAGAGUCUAGGAUUUUUUUCCUUUUUUUUAGAGAGAGAAAAAACAAAUGCCUUAGGUGUCUAUUGAUUUUAGCGAAUCUUUUUUUUUGUCAAAGGGAAAAAUAAUUUAAAAAUUAAUUUUUACAGUCGCGAAAAGUAAUACGAUAAGAACAACAAUCGUUAAAUGUUAAUUUAGUGGAUUCGUCUUAGGUGUUUAUAGUAAAGAAAAAAAAAUUCCAUUACUAUAACUCGAUUACAAUUUUUCAAUAAACUCACGAAAGUUUGUAAGCAAUUUAUUAUUUGCUUACCAAAACGUCGGCAUCAAUUAUAUCAUCAACGAUAUAUUAAGUCUAUUAUAACUUGCUUUAUUUGUUACGCGUUUUGCUAUAAUAAUCAAUUUUUAAACUGGAAUUUUUUUUUAUAUAUAUUUAAAACUUAAAGAAGUAUUUAAAAAAGACACAUUCUCGUUGAACAUUCGGAAAUAAUUUAAUUAUUUUCGAUCCGUGUUUUGUACAAAAUAUUUUCCCCAAUUUUUUUAAAAAUAUUUCAAAUGAUUUUUAAAUGGACAGGAAAGACAAAUUCUUUUUUUUAUUUAAAAUGGAACCAAAUCGCAAUGUACAGUAGCGAAUUAUUCUAAGCAAUUAAGCGCACAUAGAUAUUUAGUGUUUUUUUUUCUUUUUUUUCAAAUAUGACAAAUACGAUUGAUAAGUUGUUAAUUUUGACCAAUCUUAUAUGAUUUAUU